AUGAAAUUUGUAAUUGAACUGAUGGACGGCUUCUAUUUAAUUAGAAGCGUAAAGAAUGAACUUUGGGAAGCACAAGAAAUGAAUGACCAACAACAAAUCCAACACAACGAUGCUAGCUUCAUAAACAACAAUGCUAAUGAGAGUGAUAAACAGAGUUCGGUAUCCUGCAUAGAAAUUCAUAACACAUAUGAGUGA